UCUCUCUCUCUCUCUCCCUCUCUCUCUUCUCUGUUUUCUGUAUCUAUCGCUCUUCGCCUCUUUCUUAGACCUAAAAUCAGCUUCCAACAUCGCCAUUGAAGAACUCCUAUUCUUUGCUCUCAGGUUCUUUAAUAUCUCAUCCCAUCAUUCGAUCCGUCAAUCUUUCUUCCUUUCUUGUUCUGGCGAAAUUGGAGAAGGGUGUAGGGAGUUGUGGAGUGAAAAAAUGGCGGGGAGUUCAAGUGAGGAGUCUGGGGUUAGCAGAUCAUUAGAGGGAAUAUCAAAUGGGCAGCAGAGGUCUGGGGAAGCAUUGGCUGAAUGGAGGUCUUCUGAGCAGGUGGAGAAUGGAAUUACUUCAACAUCUCCCCCCUACUGGGAUACAGAUGAUGAUGAUGAUUGUGGACCAAAACCUUCUGAGCUAUAUGGAAAAUAUACAUGGAAGAUAGACAAAUUCUCACAGAUUAACAAGAGAGAACUUCGUAGUAAUGCGUUUGAGGUUGGCGGCUACAAAUGGUACAUCUUGAUCUACCCCCAGGGGUGUGAUGUCUGCAAUCAUCUGUCUUUAUUUCUUUGUGUUGCGAAUCAUGACAAGCUUCUUCCAGGUUGGAGUCAUUUUGCACAAUUCACAAUAGCUGUGGUGAAUAAAGACCCCAAGAAAUCAAAAUAUUCUGAUACACUGCAUCGCUUCUGGAAGAAAGAGCAUGAUUGGGGAUGGAAAAAGUUUAUGGAGUUAUCGAAAGUGUUAGAUGGGUUUGUUGAUGCGGACACCCUCAUAAUAAAAGCUCAAGUCCAAGUUAUCAGGGAGAGAGCAGAUCGUCCAUUUCGAUGCCUUGACUGUCAAUAUAGGAGAGAACUUGUUAGGGUGUAUUUGUCAAAUGUAGAGCAAAUAUGUCGCCGCUUUGUGGAAGAGAGAAGAGGAAGGCUUGGGAAGUUGAUAGAAGAUAAAGUUAGAUGGUCAAGUUUCUGUAAUUUCUGGUUGGGAAUCGAUCAAAAUUCUAGGCGCCGCAUGUCAAGGGAGAAGUCGGAUUCGAUAUUGAAAGUUGUUGUAAAGCACUUCUUUAUAGAAAAGGAAGUGACAUCAACUUUGGUAAUGGACUCCUUAUAUAGUGGAUUAAAGGCUCUUGAAGGCCAGACCAAGAGCAAGAAGGCCAAAGGAAAAUGCGAUUCAGAAGAACUACCGAUACCCGUUGUGCGGAUGGAGAGUGACACAUUUAUUCUGGUUGAUGAUGUAUUGCUAUUGCUUGAAAGGGCGGCCUUGGAACCAUUGCCUCCAAAGGAUGAAAAAGGUCCACAGAACCGUACUAAGGAUGGUGGCUCGGGGGAGGAUUUCAGCAAGGAUUCUAUUGAGCGUGAUGAAAGGCGCCUCACUGAAUUGGGACGUAGAACCAUCGAAAUAUUUGUCCUAGCGCAUAUAUUCAGCAGUAAAAUAGAAGUUGCAUACCAGGAGGCAGUUGCUUUGAAAAGGCAAGAGGAGCUCAUACGUGAAGAAGAGGAAGCAUGGAUGGCUGGCAGUGAACAGAAAGCAAAACGUGGUGCAUCUGAAAAGGAAAAGAAAUCAAAGAAAAAACAGGGGAAGCAGAAAAGAAACAAUCGGAAAUCAAAGGAUAAAGUAAGGGAAGAAAAAGCUGGCAUUGCAAUAGAGGAGAAACCUCAACAACAGAGCCCAACAGAUGAAAGGAAAGGCUUCCUGAUUGAGGAUGCAGAGUUACUUAAAAAAACUGAUACACCUGAGGAUGUUUCUGAUGUUUCAGAUUCAGUGGAUUGUGUAACUGAGGAGGCACUUCUUCGGCCUGAUUCAGAUGAUAGAGAUUCAAGCCCUGUUAACUGGGAUACCGACACGUCUGAACCUCAUCCUCCCACAGAAGCCUGUAGUAGUGGUACUAUUAGUGGCCUUUCUGCUGCUCAAAAUGGAGAGAGGAAGAGUCCGUCUGUGAUGGAUGAUAGUUCGUCCACGUGUUCGACAGAUUCACUCCCAUCAGUGGUGAUCAGUGGCCGUUACAGAGGGAAUUCACAUCAGAAUCAAAAAACCCAAAGUUCACCUAGCAGAGGGAAAGUGAAGAGAGGAAAGGGUACUGGUGAAGUUAGUGGAGGGGUCAGCAAUAUGCAGAAACAACCAUCUGAUGUUGUUAUGUCUGAAUCAACACAGCCAAGUGAUGAACCAGAGUGUGAUGUGCCUGCUGCACUCUUGUUGCAGGAUAAGAUGAAGUGGCUUGCUCAAGAUGUCGUCAAGAAAGUGGAAGAAGUUGUUUCAUUGCAAAAAAAGCUAAACAUCAAGGAUGAGGUUGAAUCCGAGAAAAAUUCGAAGGAAAAGAUGGCUGUUACACCAUCCUCACCCAAAAGCCCUUCAAAAGCCUCUCCAAGAGCCCUUCAGAAGUCCGAGCUCAGAAAGAGUGCAGGCUCUGAUUCUGGUGUCGCCAGAAAACUUUCCGAGAACCCCCAAAACACCGUGGUCCCAUCGAUCUCAACCGAAGGUUCGGUCUUAUCGAAACCCUACACUCAUAACACUGGGACCCAGAAACCAGCGGAAAAGCCUUCGAUAGUUCACCAAGGACCUGCCCCCACUCAGAAAUCCACGAAUGUCGUUCAUCAAGUUUUGAGGCCAGCAGAAAAGGCUCCAGUACAGCAAGUGUCUGGUGCACCGUCAGCUAGGCCGGUUCCUGCCAUGUCUAGGCCAUUGAGUGCUCCUCUAGUUGAAGCAUCUAGAGCGAAUGCCACCAGUACCGCACCUGUUAUCUCGAUGGUCCAAACCACACCAUUGCUAUCUCGGUCAGCAAGUGCAGCCGGGUAUCUUUGUCCUGAACCGUCACCCAUGGCUCAGAAUUACGGUCCUCCGUCGUAUCGAAAUGCUAUGAUGGGGAGUCCAAUUUCCGCAACUUCAUCUGCUUUCGGUCAAUCCCAUUCUCCGAAACCGACGGUAAACUCGUAUUCGCAGCCCAUGUUUUUACCUCAAAGUUCUGAAAGGAUGGAUUCUGUGAGACCAAGCUUUUCCUUUGGAAUGAUGAAUCAUGAUGUUGUUUUGCAAAAUGGGUCUCAAUGGAUGGAAAGGGAUAAUGGUGGUAGCAGCAGCAGAGGCUUGCAAUCACUUAACGACAUCCAAAAUAUCGAUGUUUACAAGCCGAUUCACAGCAGACCCCAGGCUCAAGGUCCAUUGGCCGAUGAAUUCCCGCAUCUCGACAUCAUCAACGAUUUACUCGACGACGAGUACGCAAUGCCCGUGGGCCCGCCGUCGUUUCGCAAYGGGCCCCACCAUCUGAGUCAUCAGUUGAGUUUCCCGGGGGAUAUGGGUGGCGKUGGUUCGGUUGAUCAGGGUCCGUCAACAAGCUCGUGCAGGUUUGAACGAACUCGGAGUUAUCAUGAAGAGUUCCAACAUGCAUAUUUCGACUUCUCUCGAGAGAUGAUUCUGCCGCAGCCGAAUUUGCAGCCGCCUUACGUGAACGGACAGAUUGAGGGAUUGAUUCAGAACCAAUGGCAGAUUGGUGGGUCGGAUCUUUCUUAUGGGUUGAGAAACAUGGAUGGUGAGGGGUAUCCGUAUCACAUGGCGCCAGAUUAUUCGAACUUGACGAUGGGUGUGAAUGGUUACACAGUAUACCGACCAUCGAACGGGCAGUGAAUGAAUUGAAKUAKUAUUGGGUUGUAAUAACGUAUGUCAACAAGUGAGGUUGUAACCCUUUGAUAAGAAAACUUGGUUUUUAUUUUCUUUUUUAUUUUCUUUCUGAAAGAGUGAUUCUGUUUCUACGUUUUGUUGGUUAUUUUUAGCAGUGCUUUUUGGAUUGGGAUUUCA